CUAACUGCGAAGUCGUUCCGCGAUCGUGUCGCUUGCAGCCUAUUGGUUUCGCCGGUUUCGCUUCGCGUCGUUACUGAAUAUUCAUAGUAAACACAACAUACAAGCCCCUUUGCGGUUUCUUUCGCUUGUUAAUUUUACUAGGACGAUUAUUAUUCAUUUGGCCAAACAUUGUUGGUCUCAGUCUGUCACUGGUGUGCACAUUUAACUAGUGAUUUGACACGGUAAACGAUACCUAUAUUAUAUUUUUUUUAAACGUCAUCGGUCAUGGGUUCGGAGAUACCACAUCAUUUAACGCUUGUUAUGGUCCACUCAUUGAUGAUAGAUCGUGGCGAUCCAAAAUUUAAAAAUGACGUUCUACAACAUUUACUGGUGCUGACGGCUGAUAAAUACAAAGAAAACAAGGCGAUUGUUGAUAAUAUUGAUGAAUUAUUGAAAGGUCUAUUCAAUGUUUUGGAUACCGAUAUAGCCAAUGCUAAAGAUGCCUGUUUGUGUUUGGUUAAUAUUUCGUCAAAAGAAAAUGGUCUGAAAAAAAUAAUGUCCUUUAUAAAUAGUAACAUCAAUUCAAAUAACUCGGAAAUUGUACCAAAAAUAAUACGAUAUAUUGAUCAAAAAACACCAGAGAUUGCUAAUGCAGUACUGAUGUUGUUGUGCAAUCUGACCCGUGACAAAAAACACGCAAAUCAAGUGUAUGAAGCAUUUGGAGAUCAAAUCACCAUAUUAGAAUCAUUUAUGAAGUUAUUCAUCACCCGAGAUGUAGAACAUGAAACAAAUUAUGACUAUAUUUCAUAUUUACUAUCCAAUUUAUGUCAGUUACAUGAAGUAAGAAUGUGGUUAAUGAAUAGUGAUAAUUUUCAAAAAUUACUUCCAUUUUUAAACUUAAAUAAUUCACUUCGAAGAGCUGGUGUCAUCAUGACUUUAAAAAACUGUUGCUUUGAAUUAGAAAAGCAUGAAUGGUUAUUAAGUGAAGAUCUAGAUUUGUUACCUCGUCUUCUUUUACCACUAGCUGGCCCUGAGCAGUUUGAUGAAGAAGAUAAUGAAAAACUACCAUUGGAUUUACAAUAUCUACCUGAUGAUAAAGAACGUGAACCAGAUUCAGAUUUACGCUUAGCACUCUUACAAGCUUUGACUCAGUUGAGCGCUAAAAGAAACUGCCGAGAAAUAAUCAGAGAUCAAGGAACUUAUCUCAUUCUUAGGGAAUUACACAAAUGGGAACCUAAUAUGGAAUUGAAAUUAGUAUGUGAAAAUUUAGUGGACAUUUUAAUCAAGACUGAAGAUGAAAUAGGAACUGAUAAUUUCCAUGACUUAGAUGUACCAGAAGAUUUAAUAGAUAAAUUUAAGAAAAUGGAUGAAGCUUAUUUAAGUUGACAUUUAUUCCAACAUCAUUUCAAUAUUGUAUGUUAAUAUUUGUAAUUUUUUGAAUGGAUAUAUUUGGUUAUAUAUGUAAUGAAAAAC